AUGGUAGUUAAAAUCAACAUCCAAGAAAUUAACAAUCAUCAUCUUUUUGAAACGUUCAACACUAUAAAACAAUCUAAAAAAUGCGUAGUAAUUACGGGCGCAGGAAUAUCAUGUUCUGGUGGAGUUCCGGACUUUAGAUCUGCUGGUGGAAUAUAUGAUAUGAUUAAACAAAGAUUCCCAGGUUCCUUCCGAACUGGGAAGGACCUGUUUGAUACUACGAUGUUAAAGGACCAUAAAUCAAUAGGAGCCUUUAACAUGUUUAUGGGAAUUUUAAAAGAACGCAUCAACAAUGCCAGACCAACUCCCACUCACCAUUUCUUAAAAAAACUAGACGACAAGAAGAAGUUGGUAAGAGUAUACACACAGAACAUAGACAAUCUAGAAGAAGUAGCUGGACUGGCCACUGAUUCAAUCGUAAUAAAACCAUCAAACUGUACAACCAAGGCUAUCCAACUACAUGGAACCAUGAAAUUUCUCAAAUGUUCUGCAUGUUCCGAGGUAUAUGAGUUUAGUAAAUCUCACUGUGAAAGAUUUAAAGAAGGCGAAUCUCCAUCUUGUCCACGAUGCGAACAAAGUGAACAGAAAAGAAGAAAUGCUGGUAAGAGGUCACACAAAAUUGGAAUUCUCAAACCGAAUAUUGUUUUAUAUGGAGAUAAUCACUCACAAGAACUUCGGAUUGGAAAAGUUGCAGCAAAAGAUUCGAAUAAAGCAGAUUGUAUGAUAAUUAUGGGUACAUCAUUACAAAUACCUGGUAUAAAGGAUCUAAUUAGACAAUUUGCUGUGAAUAUUCAUAAAAAAGGCGGUAAAAUAAUUGUGGUCAAUCUAACUGACAUUGUCAAAACAAAAGAAAUGUUUGAUAUGGUAGAUUACUUUGUGCAAGGUACAACCGACGAAUGGGUCAGUUUGUUAGAAGAAGAAUUAAACGAACCAAAAGCUGUUGAUAAUAAAAAGAGAUUAAGAGAAAUUGAAAACAUAAAUAUUGUUGAUGUCACCAAAUCUGCUAGAUCCAAACAACAAAAGACUGCUGACUCUAAUGAUAAUACUGAUAUAAAAAGGAAAACUAGAUAUGAAGAUUAUGAAGAUUAUGAUUUGAUGAUUGCCUUUGAGAAUCAUUGUGAUUUUAAUAUCAAGUAUGAUUUUUAA